UUACACGUUGAAUGAACUUCAUGCACUCGGCAAAGGACAGCUGAGCAGGGGGAAAUUGAAAAGAUCGGCUUUUAGGCCAUUCAGGUUUCAUCGGUGAUCAACAAGGAUACGCGCCCGGUGCGUGUUGGAGAUGAGCAGUCCCGAUGCGGGGUACUCCAGUGACGAUCCGAGCCAAACCCGAGGCAGCAGCUGCAGCUCAGUCAUGAUGCCUGGCGUGGGGCAGUGCGCGUGGGUGGACCCGCUCAGUCCGCUUUCAGACUCCAAAUCUAAACACGAGAAAUGCUCUGCGGCGGGUCCCGGGCGCGGAAAGACUGAGCCGCGCAUCCGAAGGCCGAUGAACGCGUUUAUGGUGUGGGCGAAAGAUGAGCGCAAGAAGCUUGCGCAGCAAAACCCAGACCUGCACAAUGCGGAGCUGAGCAAAAUGCUUGGAAAGUCAUGGAAAGCUUUACCAAUGGUGGACAAACGUCCAUUCGUUGAGGAGGCCGAACGUCUACGGGUCAAACAUAUGCAAGACCACCCAAACUACAAAUAUCGACCCAGGCGUCGCAAACAGGUGAAACGAAACAAGCGACUGGAGCCCAACUUUCUGCUGCCUGGGAUGUGCGAUAACAAAAUGACCCUCUGCAUGGAAGGCAUGAGUGCUGGUUAUUCAGGAGCUGGACUGCCUCAAUACUGCGAGAGCAAUACCUUGUUUGAGUCCUACAGCUUGCCUACACCUGACCCCUCUCCUAUGGAUGCUGGGACAACUGAGUUUUUUGCCCACCAUCAGGAUCAGUCAGCAUUUAGCUACCAUCACCAGCAAGAACACCACUUUCAGGAACAAGUCAACACCCUCAACGACACACAUUGUCAUGGCAACACACAGACACUCAAAAACAGACAGCCUCACAGCAUUGCUUACUCCAACAUCAACACAAACACCAACUUGCACGUUCCCAGCGAUGCACAACUGAAUUUAAUAAACCCGCAGCAAGUAUUUCACGAGAACGCCAACCCACAAACCAGUCACAAUCCGGGUAUUCAUCUCAACAUUUUUAGAAGCCCCUCCUCUUCUUCUAAUCACGCUAUGGCCCCUGCGUACCUGAACUGCCCAUCAACUUUAGACACCUUUUAUAAUUCCAGCUCUCAACUGAAGGAGUUGUCACUUCCUGUUGGCAGCCACACACAUAAACAGCACAGCAUUGCUGAGCCACACUCACAGGCCCCUGCAGUAGCCCACGGUUCUGGUCAAAUGGUGGACGAGGUGGAGUUUGAGCACUGUCUCUCUUUUGGGGUCCCCAGUGCACCUUUGCCAGGCUCUGACUUAAUCUCCACUGUACUGUCAGACGCUAGCAGUGCUGUAUACUACUGCGGCUAUAGUAAUUCUUAAUCACACUGUAUGUCAUAUGUAAUGAAUAGUAACCACAAACACUGAUUUGUUUUUGGUGUUGUUGUUGAUUCAGUCAAUGAAAAUGUAAUGACUCUCUCAAACACAAACAGAGGCCUCUAAAUGAAGUAUGUUAAAGAUUUGUGUCAGCAGCUUAAAUAAUUAAAGUGUUUAAACAUG